AUUACACAAACACUUACACUCACUCCCAACACUCGCACGCACUUCGUUAGCAGCACCUCCUCUGACAGCACAGGCUUAUAUUUCUUUUGGAUAUCUCACCUAGAAGAGCACCAAAGAAAAGCUCAAGGAAGAAAUAUUGGACACAAAGAAGAAAUAAAGGACUAUCAGAACUGUCUUUCAUAACUUCAAAAAUAUUUCCACUUUCUUUUUUUGGGAGUCCCAAUUCUGUCCACCUAUUCAAGGAGUGACUCAAGUCUUUGGGUGAAUGGGUUGUCAUGGUGACUGACACUGGCAGGCUGACCCCACAAGAAGCCUCAAUGUUGAAUGGAGAGAGAGCUGCAGUGACCAGCCAGCAAAAGUAAAAGGAAGUUAUCAGAGAACGGGCAAAAAGGAGAGGGGAGGAAGAUAAUGGAGGACGGCUUCUCCAGCUACAGUAGUCUGUAUGACACCUCCUCACUGCUGCAGUUCUGCAAUGAUGACAGUGCCUCGGCAGCAAGCAGUAUGGAGGUGACGGACCGGAUCGCCUCCCUGGAGCAACGGGUUCAGAUGCAGGAGGAUGAAAUUCAGCUGCUCAAGUCGGCACUGGCUGAUGUGGUAAGGAGACUGAACAUCUCAGAGGAGCAACAGGCCAUGCUCAACAGAAAAGGACCAACCAAAGAAGCAGCAGUGAGGAGAGACUCCUCUGACAGCAGUGUUGGGAAGCCAGCUAGACCCAUGAUUGCUGCCUUGCCCCUGAGGCCUACGGUCAAUAAUGGCACUGUCUUGCCAAAGAAGGGUGGCACACUACCAUCUCCCCUGGGCUCCAAGAAGGACAACAACACACCAGCAACCAAGAGUCUGUCCAAUCUACCCAGGUUUCUUCUAAGGCCACCUUACAGCACUGUGAAGAGAACAAGUUCAUCAGAGCAUGUCGGGCCCAACAACAGAAAAGAUAGUGGCACAGAUUCCAAAAGUAAUCGCACACGCACCGGUUCCACAGGAAGCAGCUCCAGUGGCAAGAGAGCCUCAGAGAGCAAACAGAGGGAGCCUGUGUUCAGUGCAGGGAUGCGACGUGUGACACACUGCAAAGAUGAAGGGUAUGUAAAAAUGUAUUUGAAGGGACGACCCAUCACAAUGUACAUGUCCAAAGACCUGGUGGACACCUACAGCCUGGAAGCAAAGGCUGACUUGCCUCCUAAAAAACUGAAGCUAGAUUGGGUCUAUGGUUAUCGGGGCCGUGACUGUCGAUCCAACCUCUACUUGCUCCCGACGGGGGAAACGGUUUACUUCAUCGCCUCUGUGGUUGUGCUGUAUAAUGUAGAUGAGCAACUACAGAGACACUACACUGGACAUACUGAUGAUAUCAAGUGCCUAGCUGUCCAUCCUGAUAAAAUCACCAUAGCAACAGGACAAGUGGCAGGCACAUCCUCAGAUGGAAAACAGCUGGCCCCUCAUGUACGUGUAUGGGACUCUGUGAGUUUGAACACGUUGCACGUCCUUGGAAACGGUUUCUUUGACAGAGCCCUGGUGUGCCUCUCCUUCUCCAAGUCGAAUGGUGGUAGCUGGUUGUCUGUUGUGGAUGACUCCAAUGACCACAUCCUCUCUGUUUGGGACUGGCAGAAGGAGGAAAGACUUGCUGAAGUCAAAUGCUCCAAUGAGUCUGUUUUCGCUGCUGAUUUCCACCCGACAGAUGCUAAUAUAAUUGUAACAUGUGGGAAGUCGCACCUUUACUUCUGGUCAUUAGAGAAAGGGUCUCUUGUGAAGAAACAGGGUCUAUUUGAGAAACAAGAGAAGCCCAAGUUUGUAUUGUGUGUGACUUUUUCAGAAAAUGGCGACGCCAUCACUGGAGACUCAAGUGGAAAUAUACUUGUGUGGGGCAAAGGCUCUAAUCGUAUUAGCAUGGCCAUUCAAGGAGCCCAUGAGUUGAGCGUCUUUGCGCUUUGCAUGUUGAGAAAUGGGACUCUGGUCUCUGGUGGGAAGGACCGUAAACUCAUUUCCUGGGAUGAAAAUUAUCAAAAGAUUCAAACAGUAGAGGUGCCUGAGUUAUAUGGCCCCAUUCGAACUGUUGCUGAAGGAAAGGGUGAGACGGUUCUUAUUGGGACUACUAAAAACUAUGUCCUGCAAGGUAGUCUGGACGGGGAUUUCGUACCUAUUACACAGGGCCACACAGAUGAGUUAUGGGGUCUGACUGUACAUCCAAUGAAGCAGCAGUUCCUCACCUGCGGCCAUGACAAGCAUGUCUGCCUAUGGGACCCUGGCUCCCAUCAGCCCAUCUGGACCAAAACAUUGGAGGAUGCCGCUCAAUCGGCUGGAUUCCAUCCUUCUGGGGCAACGGUUGCUAUAGGAACACAGACAGGCAGGUGGCUUGUGCUUGAUACUGAAUCAAAGGAUCUAGUUACUAUGCACACAGAUGGGAACGAACAGCUGUCGGUUAUGCGCUUUUCUCCAGAUGGCAGUUUCCUUGCAAUUGGGUCACAUGACAACUACAUCUACAUUUAUGCUGUGGCUGAAUAUGGCAAAAAAUACAGCAGAGUUGGAAAGUGCUCAGGUCAUUCUAGUUUCAUCACACAUCUGGACUGGUCUGUGGAUUCUCAGUACUUGGUAUCCAACUCAGGGGACUAUGAGAUCCUUUACUGGAUCCCCUCUGUUUGCAAGCAAGUAGUGAGUGUGGAGACUGCCCGUGACAUAGAAUGGGCCACUUUCACCUGUACUCUGGGCUUCCAAGUUUUUGGGCUGUGGCCAGAUGGCUCAGAUGGAACUGACAUCAAUGCUGUGUGCACUUCUAAUGCAAAGAGACUGCUCGUCACUGGAGACGACUUUGGAAAAGUUCACCUUUUCUCAUUCCCUUGCUCUCAGUCUCGAGCCCCAAGUCAUGUCUACGGUGGACACAGCAGCCAUGUCACCAAUGUUAACUUUUUAUUUGAUGACAGUCACUUAAUCUCUACCGGAGGGAAGGACAUGAGUGUCAUGCAGUGGCGUGUGGUGUAAAACAACUACUGUCACACUAUUGUGUGUGUAUUCAUGUGGAAAACAUCAGAACUUUCUCUUUUUCUUGGAAGUGACUUGGGAAAACAAAAGUUGGGCCAUCGACUAAAGACUAAAGUGGUGAAAGGGAGAGGGAGAAGCUGGUUUUUGUUGUAUUUGCCUUUAAUUGUUAUCUCAGGACACCAAUAUUUGAAAUUACUCUCUGUUGACUGUCUCAUGCUUUCCUUGGCUGUGAAAGAGAGAUAUCUUUGGAGGAGAUCCCAUCUCCCUAACUUUGAAUUACAAACUAAGAAUCUGUUUUCUAGGGCAAAGUUAAACUUGAUGCCAAAGCACAUGAAGAAACUUAUUGGGAGUAAAUAAAACCAAUAUCCAAAAGGCGCUGGCCAAUUCAUAACAUAAUUAACAACACUUAACAUAAUGUAAAAACAGUAGCACCAAGUCUUAACAAUGGAACAUCAUCAUUUAUAAAGGAAUUACUCGCAUCACACUGACUGUAUUUCAAAAUUGCAUGUUAACUAUCCAAUCUGCCGCCAUUAUCAUGCUUUGUUUUGUGUGUGCUUUUGCUUCCACCUUCUGGUACAUUGAGGUACUGCAGCCACUCAAGGCUGAUUUCAUAUCGACUGUAUUCAUGUUUCAUGUAUUUUAAAUUUGAUUAUCAGCCCUCGAAUUUGUUUUAAAGAAGAAGUAGAAGAAGAACACGAGUCUGCGAAGGCAAAUGACUGUAUUUUGUUUAAAAUGAUUAAAGCCUUCAAAGACUUUCAACAUUUUUAUAGUGGUCUUGCUAAACCACUAAAGCCAUCAACCUCUGUUUUAGUUUUAAUCCCCUGUCUGGCAUUGUUUGAGAAUCAAGUAGCUUAACUGACAGUCAAUGUAGAGCACACUAACAUUAUAGUUAAGCUCCAUUUUCAUAACCUCUGAUUGAGAAAUGAGAUCAAACUGUUGUUACAGCUAAAUGACUGUAGUAUAAAUAAAUAGCUAAGCAUGCACAA